UCUUCUAAUUAUAAAGCACAGCCAGGGGUGGGAUGAAGUAUUUAAAGGUGUCGGAAGGACAGGAAGACGGUUUUCUGAUGCCAGUUCUUCCUACACUUCAGCCAAGCAGGACACACACAGCAUGCUUCGGACUCGGGGUGAUAACUCUCUCCGCCCCAGUUGAAAUGAGGAGUGCAGAAUAUGGCCCCUGCUCUGGUAGAAAAACCUGACCAAAGAGAGGAUCCGAAUUCGCAUGUGGAGAAGCCGAGGUCCUCUGGCACGAUGACUUCUGAAUGCAAAGAAGUUGAAGUUGGAAGCACUGUUGUGAAUGGCUUGGUACUGGGCAGUAAUGGACAAGACAGAGCGAACGAUGUCCCUUUAUGUUCACGCUCUGUUUCUGCUGUUAAAAUAAUUCCCGUGAAGAAAGUGAAAAGUUCUCCUGGUCUAGUGUUGCCGACAGACCUGGAUCCUGCCAAAGUCUGUACUGGAAAGGGGGCGGUGACCCUCUGGGCAUCUCCAACCUAUGAGGAGAAUCGGAGCGCCAGUCCUACAAGUCAUUCACAAGACGUCCACCAAUCUGAAAGUGUAGAGCCAGGAACACCCGAAACAGAUGACUGGGGGUUACCGCUUAGUGCCGACUCCAAUGGGGAUGCUCAGUCCUCUGCUCUGGCUGCCAAGGGCUACCGCAGUGUGCGGCCAAACCUCUCGGAGAGCAAACCACACGAUGCGACUUCCUCUGCCACCACCACCACCCCAGCUCAUACAGAGGUUAUAGUAGUGCCAUUCCAACAGGUUUACCCAGACAGAGGGCAAGAAGCCAGCUCAAGCACACCUCCACCGCCUCUCCUGCCAUGUGGCCAAAGUUCGGCAUUUUCUGACAACACUCCUCCUCCUCCUGGCUUGCUUCUGACCUUCCCGACAUUAGACGAUUUCAUUCCCCCUCACCUUCAGAAAGGUUCCCAACACAACCAGCCGUCCUCUUCGCCGGGGAUCGUGCCCCAUGUUCGCCCGAAACUGCCUUCACUGUCGCCACCUCCACCACCUCCGCCUCCUCUGAUUCCCCCCAUCACGGAGGUCUCAGACAGUGUGUCGGAGCCCGAGAGCACAGGAAUGAUCUUGCGCACAGACCCCUGUCCUCUGCUCUACGAAGCGCCUAGGCCCAGCGGUGGCACAGAGUGCUAUGGCUCCCUAACUCUCACCAGCAAACCCACCUCCGGUUACCCCUCCACCACCAUUGUCAACCCCACCAUCGUCCUUUUGCAGCACAACAGAGAACAACAAAAAAGGCUUAGUAGCCUAUCAGAGCCAGCGAUAGAUGUGCCACUAGCUGAUAAAGUAGAUUAUAUGCCUGUCCAAGAAAAGAUGAGCCAAAGCAAGAAACAAGCAGUGGAGGAACGGAAGAAAGUAAUUAAGAGCCCGCAGUACAUGACCGAUUCCUCACCGGAUGACAUAGGCAUUCCAUUAAGGAACACGGACCGAUCGAAGGACUGGUACAAGACGAUGUUCAAGCAGAUCCACAGGCUGACGAAAGACCCUCCUGAAGAAAACCCUUAUUGCCCUACCUACAAAUUCCCCGAACUUCCUGAUAUCCAGCCCCAAACCAAAGAAGAAAAUCCUUAUUCUCCUACCUACCAGUUUCCUGUGUCUACUCCUAGCCCUAAAUCUGAAGAUGAAGAUUCCGAUUCCUAUGUGCCUCAGUACUCCUUUUACAAAGACACAAGAGCACAGACUUCAGUACCCCGUUCCAAAAGCGAGAAUGACACUAUCGACAUGGAGAAGGUGAUCAAGAGAUCUGCCACUCUGCCCCUGCCAGCUCGUACCUCUUCUCUUAAACCCAGCACUGAAAGGAAUGAUUGGGAGCCUCCGGACAAGAAGGUGGACACAAGAAAAUACCGCGCUGAACCUAAAAGCAUUUAUGAAUAUCAGCCAGGAAGGUCCUCUGUUCUGAACAAUGAAAAAUUGACUCGGGAUAUAAGCCCAGAAGAGAUAGAUUUAAAGAAUGAGCCUUGGUAUAAAUUCUUUUCGGAAUUGGAGUUUGGGAAGCCGCCUCCAAAAAAGAUAUGGGAUUAUACUCCGGGGGAUUGCUCUAUCCUUACUAGAGAGGAUAGAAAGACUGACCCAGAAAAAGACAUCUACCUCUAUCAGACUGAGUUAGAGGCAGAUAUAGAAAAAAUGGAGAAAAUGUAUAAAGAUAAGAAGCAGAUGAAGAGUACGACAGGCUCCCCUCCUCCGGAAACUUCCUCGGAUCAUUUGCCUCACUCGCCGUAUUCCCCCACCUACCAUCCUGCAAAGAGAGAGUUUGAAUCAGCUCUUGGAGAUGCCACCGGGCCAGAAAAUGAAAGGCAAAUAUACAAAAGUGUUUUAGAAGGUGGAGAUAUCCCGCUGCAAGGGCUAAGCGGUCUCAAACGUCCCUCCAGCUCAGCUUCCACUAAAGUGGAUCGUAAAGGUGGGAAUGCUCAUACGAUUGCACCCUCUUCAGUUAAUAGCCGAACCCUUAACUCUAAUAAUGCUGGUCCAGUAGGUCGCCCAUGUAAACAUAAGAAACCCUUAUCUGCUGCAAAGGUCUGCAUUGCUGAAAUUCUUCCGUCCAAAUUCAAACCCAGGCUGGCUGCUCCACCUAUUUCUGGGCAGGACAGAAAGGAUCUCUUGCCUCACGAGAAAACGCAGAGCUGCGAAAACCUCCGCAGCUCUUUUGCCUCCUUUGAUAGCAGGAAGGAUUUCGAGAACUUGCUGAUGAAGUCUAAGCAAGAGUUUGCUGUCAAAUCCAUCAGCACCCAGAGCUUGCAAGAGUAUGGAUCUUCCGGCUCCAGGAAGGGAUCUCGGAAGAACGAGAAGGAGUUCACCAUGUUGUAUAAAGACAUGCACCAGAUCAACCGCUCCGGGAUCCAGCUGGGUAGCAUUUCGUCGUGCAGCGUGAAGGAAAUUGCAUCUCUGUUUGAAAACGAGCCGAAGGACAGGAGGGAGCCCAACCCCAGCCGGGAGAACCUGGAGCAGAUCCCCAAGCACACGGUCUCCUCCCGCAUCACUGCCUUUGAGUUGCUGAUCCAGAGAUCCCUGUCCAUGCCUGCUCUCAACUUCUCCGGCUUCCAGGUCAAAUCUCCCGCUCCGAGUUUCUCGAACAGCUGCCUAGCUUCAGCUCGUUCAGCCGAAUACCUGUUGGAUUAUCCCAAGCUGGAUCUGGGAGAAAAGGAUAUUGCCAACCUCGCCGACACGUCCUCCUAUUCGUGCAGCAAUACGGAGGACUUGACGUCGGAAGUCAGUGACCUGGCGCCUGUGGAAACGCUCUCGGCUUGCACCGACGAGAUAGAUCUCUUCUCCAACGCGUCCAACGACAGCGGCGGCGACAGCGUCACCGGUGGACCCUCGAGAUACAAAGCUAACAAAUGCAAAGGGUCCUGCCCUGCUUCCUACACCAGGUUUACAACCAUUCGGAGGCACGAACAGCAACAGUCCGGCAGAGGGGAACCCCAAGAAGAUAAGCAGCUGCUUCCCAGAAAUGUCUAUCUCAUGAGCCCUCUUCCCUUCAGACUGAGGAAACCCGUGCAGCACAGCUCCAGAAAGACUCCGCCUCUCCAGAUCCCGGGAGACCUGUUGGCACCCAGCUGUGAGAUCCAGAGUAAUCUGGCUCGGUCGAGGGGGAGCCUAGUGGGCAGGGUGGAUAGCCACCUGUUCCACGAGCUGUAUACCCGACAGAAACCUCUGGCCCCCAAACGCCUCUCUUCGUAUGACGUUCUCAAAAGGUUUAGCCACUUCCUGGAUAUGGAAACAUGCCAAAAUAGCUCCGUUUCCCUAAUGGACAUCCCAGGUGCCUUUAAUAAUGGGAAUGUUCCAUAUGCAUUAUACCACAACUUGGACACAAACAACAACCCACACAGGACGUACUUUGGAGAUUCUGAAUCACCAAGGCAUUUUGCACCACUUGAUUACAUGGAGAGUCCUGAAGAAUUUUCCCGCAGGCGCCACAGUGAUAAAGAGAAACUUUUAGAGGACCAGAGACGGCUUAGACGUGAGCAAGAAGAGGCUGACAUUGCAGCUAGAAGGCACACAGGGGUCAUCCCUACGCACCAUCAAUUUAUCACUAAUGAGCGGUUUGGGGACCUCCUAAUUGUAGACGAUACCGCAAAAAGGAGAUCUGGGUCAGAGAUGAGAGCUGCCAGAGCGAAGUUUGACUUUAAAGCCCAGACGCUCAAGGAGCUCCCAUUGAAGAAAGGGGAUGUUGUUUACAUUUAUAAGCAAAUUGAUCAGAAUUGGUUUGAAGGCGAACACCAUGGAAGAGUUGGAAUUUUCCCACAAUCAUACAUAGAGCUACUCCCUCCCACAGAAAAAGCUCAGCCUAAGAAAACAUCACCAAUACAAGUCCUGGAAUAUGGAGACGCUAUUGCCAAGUUCAAUUUCAAUGGUGACACUCAAGUGGAAAUGUCCUUCAGAAAGGGCGAGAGGAUCACACUGAUUCGGCAAGUGGACGAGAACUGGUAUGAAGGAAAAAUCCCCAGCACUCACCGCCAAGGCAUCUUCCCGGUCACAUACGUGGACAUUUUCAAGCAGCCUGUGCUGAAGAACACACUAGACUAUGGCAGCUUGUCGUUCUGCCACUCCCCGAACCGCAGUCUGACAACAUCCCCGCAGUCUCCCAGUUCUGAGCUGCUUUUCACACCAACUCCUCCACCUUUGCCCCCCAUGCGCCCAGCCCUGUCUCCCGAGUUGCAGGCUGUCACCUCCGAGUGGAUUUCCCUCACCUUGGGGGCGCCCCGCGGCCACGCUCCCCCCGACACCCCUCCAUUACCACCUCUCCCUGACGCUUCUCUCUGCAACGUUGACUAUCUCACCCCUUCGGUGGUGGCCAGCCCUUCGCCUUCCAUCAGCCUCCACCCCUCUAACAGGUCCAGUUCCUCGACCCCUACCUCUGUCAUUUCCCCGCUGCCUCCGUCCCCUUACGAGCCUCAGUCGCCCGCCCAAAACGUCAGCCUGGCGGCUCGGCAGAGCGAAGAGAAGUUUGCUAGCUCCCCUUCCCCGCAGAUGAGCUACUGCGAUUCGCCUCGCUCUGUACUUGGCAGCCCCGACAGCUUCCUCUCAGAGCUCAGCGAUGCCACUGAACGCCAAGGCAAGUUGCAGAAGAGCCGAGGACCGGGCCGGAGAAUGGAGAGGGAGGAUUGCAUUGCAGCCGACAGAAGUUGCGGUGGCAUCCCUGAGAUCUGUAGGGCGAGGUGCCUAUCAGAGCCGGAGAAGGCCGCUAGCUCACAAAAGAAAUCUCUUCACACCAUUGAUGAGAGCACACUGUAUCAGGAGCAGGGAGGUAGCCCCGUGUGCAAUUAUAAGCAAGUUGAACAGAGGGGAAAUCAAAACGGGCCCUUCAAGUCUGUCAACGCAAAACCAUUCUCUCCAUCUGCUCUUCUGUCUCCCUCUGCAAUUUCUUCCUUUGCGGUUAGAGCACAAGUACCUCCCAGACUCUCACGCACGGUCAACGUCCCACAGCCUUCUCAUCAUUCAUUGAGGCCAGGACCAGAUCUCACAGAAUCUGAAAAGAGCUAUGUGGAAACCGUUUGCAAUGAGAUCUUAAACAUUGCGGAAAAGUCCGUUCAUUACUGCAGCACAAUUUCUCAGCCUCUUGUCUCUUGCCACAAGGGGCCCCAUAGUGACAAUAAAUCGUCUUUCAUCAUUUCUCAGCAACCGCAAGUCCUGCCGCUGGGAACAAGCCUCAACAGGAACCACGCGCCACAAGAUAUGCUUAGCUACCAAGCAUUGUACAGCUACGUCCCGCAGAAUGAAGAUGAGCUGGAGUUAAGAGAUGGAGAUAUCAUAGAUGUCAUGGAGAAGUGUGAUGACGGCUGGUUUGUUGGCACAUCCCGGAGAACACAACAGUUUGGUACUUUCCCAGGCAACUACGUGAAACUUGUAUCUUCAUAAAAGCCAUUGCUAGCCCGUUGGUGAUUUCACCAGGAGAGAGAGAGAGAGAGACAGACAGACAGACAAAGAGAAGGACCUGGGUUUGAAACUGUAAGAAAAAAAUGUUCAGAAAAGACUUAUUUCAUGAAUGUAGCCGACAAGCGAGGAGACGCGGAUGUGAAUGUGGUAAAGUGUUGGACUGCCGCGAAGCCCUUGCCUCCUUUGAAGAUGGGCCAGAGCAAAGUGCGGAGCCGCUUACAAUGCUGCCUUUGUGUCUGCUUCUAUCCUUCAGGGGCGGCAAGAUAAGACUUCGCUUUCGUUCAGUAUUGAGUAUUGCUCUCCGCGGUGUGAAACGGGGGGGAAAGCAAUGAGAUGGGAGUGUGAAAUAACGUGAGCAGGGCGGGGAGGGGAAGAGAACACGAGAACAGUGAAUGCAUUUUGGUUGCAGGCUCUGUGACUGCAGUCCGGCUGGCAGAGGAGGAAGUUGGUGUCUCAUCCUGCUAAAACCUCAUGCAGCUCUUGUUCCCUUCCUUUGGAAUGUGCACCUUAACACAUAUGAGGGGGCAAGGAAUCUAUGGAGACCCAUUUUAAAUAGAAGGGCACAUUGCCAAGAUCAUCCUCCCAUUAUCUUUUAAUUCACUACAUGAGAUUUAAGCAGGCUUUUCUGUGUUUCCUAUUCCCCCGUUUUAUUGAGGUUGCAAUCUUCUAUUUUUGUUUUACUGGUCAGUGGGCUGUAAGA